AUGGCGCCACCUCUCCCCGACAAAUACAGGUCGCCGUCGAUCCCACUAUAUGUUGGUCGGGGGGAUCCCGACGAUCAUUUAGAGAUGUACAUAGGGCACAUGCUCUUACACGGGUAUGGGGAAGCUGUCGCCGCCACAAUGGAUAUUACUGACAGAGAGGCCUUGAUGGGGGCAUUAUCUAGCAUGAAGAAAAUUACCCCCUUCAAGAGAGAGCUGAACCGAAAGCCCCCGUCCAGCUACAAGGAAUUUCUUGCGCGAGCGCAAGGAUACAUCAACGCCGAGGAGGCAGACGCAAACGACCCCGAGCACAGGUCCAACAAGAACAAAGGGACCGAACAAGGGUCGACGCCAGCAAAGCAGGAUGGGAAGAAGCAUCGAGGUGAAGGAAGCGGAGACAAGCAGCCAGCUGCGACGUCGAAUGCUCCGGAAGCCAAGAAGCCAAGGCAAGAGGAGAACUGUAAGCCUCCGCUGUUUCAAAGGUACGAUUUCUACCACGAACUAACAGUAGGAGUCGAGGAGGUCUUCAAUCAGGUCGGCCGCGAAAAUCUGCUACGCCGCCCAGAGCCGAUGAGGACAGAUCCUAGCCGAAGGAACCAGAAGAAAUUCUGCAGGUUCCACGGCGAUGUCGGCCACCACACCAAUGAUUGCGCCGACCUCAAGGAUGAAAUUGAGAGAGUAAUCCGCGAGGGGAAGCUGCAGGAGUUCAAAGCUGAGCGGAGACCUCGAAACGAUGGCCACGGAGGAGACUCAAGAAGAUCUCAGAAGGACUACGCCCACGAAGCCAGAGGGGUUUACCAGGAAAGAUUAUGGAGUGUCUCUGCUGUAAAAACCCCAAGAUAUAGCAGUACCGACGUGGCGUUUAAUGAGGACGACGCCAGCGGAGUUCACUUCCCCCACAACGACGCGUUAGUAGUGGAAGCCAUGAUUGGGAACCACACUGUAUGCCGAAUCUUGGUAGACAAUGGGAGUUCGGUGGACCUCCUGUACUCCGACUGCUUGGAAAAGAUUGGGAUCCAAAAGGAGCAGUUGGAGAAGACCUCCAGGCCAUUAUACGGUUUCACCGGGGACUCCGUCAUCCCUCAGGGGACUAUCCGGCUGCCCAUAACCGCCAGAGAAAAACCCCAACAGACCACGACAAUGGCCAGCUUUGUGGUAAUAAAGGGAGGCUCUCAGUACAAUGCCGUAAUCGGGAGACCGACCCUUCAGGCGCUGAGGGCAAUAAUCUCCGUCUACCACCAGAAGGUCAAGUUCCCUACCCCAAACGGCGUAGGUGAGAUGAAGAGCAACCAGUAUGAGGCUAGGGUUGCAUACUCCGAUGCCCUGCGCGGAUACGACUAG